AUGAGCGGUAGAGGACGUGGGGCCUAUUACAAGCAAAAGUACGGCCGCGGUGGCGCGCGCGACGGUGGAAGCGCCGGAGGACAUGGCGGUAGAGGGGGUAGUUGGUCGGGCGGCGCUAAGCGUACGCGCACGUCUGACGUCUUGGGCACUUCUUCCGACUUGGAUGCCUGGCUGCACGCGCACGACAACCGGCCGUAUCCUGCGUACCAUGACAUUGAGGGGACAUGGUCGUUUGAAAAGUUUGCAUUUACACUCGAUCAUGCCCAGGCGGAUCCGUACGCAGCGCCAAGCAAGGCCCGCCUCAAAAUUCCGCAUGCACAUGCGCAGUUCCCGCUGGAGCUGUACAGCACGCGCACGCGUCGUGUGGCACUGGCGGACUACUUGUUGCGUACUGUCUACGAUGCAUGUACGUCCAAGCGCUACGACCAGCGCCUCUCGAGUGGCGGCUGGUCCGGCGGCAAAGGGGGACAGAUUGAAGUCGACGAGCCCGGGCAGCAGGUCCUCGAGCGCACUGCGGUGCAGAUCGACGAUGAAGGGAUCGAGGUACGCUUCCUUGUCGGCCUUCCUGCGCGUGGCCGCAGCAUCAUGGUGUGCGAAAACGUGCCGAGCUUGGCGCAGCACGCCCUGUUUUACAGCAGCUGCGAUGCUGCACACUUGAAGCAGCACAUCUUUUCGAUUGAGGACCAAGACGCGCUUCGUGGCAUGCUAAGUGCCCACGGUUUGGUCGGCUUUCUUCCGAAUGGCGCCGUGCUUGCGCGUGCGUCGGGCGCGUCGGACCUUCCUAUGCCGUCGCCGCCGUGCGUCGCAUUCGAGAGCCCCAAAGAGCUCCAGGUCACGCUUACGCUGCCGAAUCGUGGAAAGAUCAAGGGCCUCGGCAUCGCAAAAAAGUCGCUGUACGUGUGUCUUGGCGGCGGAUUCCACGGCAAGUCGACCUUCCUCUCGGCGCUGGCGUACGGCACCUACAACCACAUUCCCGGCGACGGACGUGAGUUUGUCUCGGUCUCGCCCUCUGCAGCAAGCAUCCGGUCCGAGGACGGCCGUCCGGUCAGCCAAGUGGACAUUUCGCCGUUCAUUUCCAACCUGCCGGAUGGAAGUGAUACGAGCCACUUUUCGACUAGCAAUGCGUCAGGCAGCACGUCGUGUGCCGCUGCGCUGAUGGAAGCGCUUGAGCUCGGCUCAGACCUGCUCAUUUUUGACGAGGACUCGACCGCGUCCAACUUUUUGGUGCGCGAUGCGACCAUGAAGACGCUCGUGCCCGACGAGCCCAUUACGCCGCUGGUGGCGCGCGCGCGCGACUUGGUCGAGCAGACCGGCGCGACGAUCGCGCUAGUGUGCGGCUCUUCGAGCGCUUUUCUGCGCGAGGCCGAUGUCGUGGUCCAGAUGGAGCGCUACAAGAUGCGCGACGUGACGCGCGCCGCCAAGGAGCUCGUGGCACAGCAGCCUGCGCCGGGCCUCCCCGACCCUGCCCUCUUUUCGGUGGCCGCCCAAGCGGCGUGGCUGCGCACCGUGCGCCUCCCCUCACUCGAGCCGCGUGGAAAAGUCUCGACGCGCCACCGCUUUCUUGUGCAGUACGGCGACGAGACGCUGGAUCUGCAUGCCGUCCCCCAGCUCGUGCACGCGAGCCAGACGCGAGCCAUCGAAACGGUCCUGCGGCAGUGGGCGCAGCCUGACGGCCUGCUUGGCCGUCAGGGCAUGAGCGGUGCCCCCGUUGCCCAUCUGCGCGAGCUGGUGGAUACGCUGGAGCGGCUUGUCGAAGAGCACGGUGUGGAUGCGCUGCAAAGCGCUGGGCGCCAUGAUGGAUUCCUUGCGCGUCCCCGGCGUGUGGAUCUUGGUGCAGCUGUGAACCGUCUACGGUGCGCCCAGAUCAAGCGCCAGUAG